AUGGCGGCCGUACGCGGCCUGCGAGUGUCGGUGAAGGCGGAGGCCCCGGCGGGGCCGGCCUUGGGGCUCCCGUCACCUGAAGCGGGUUUGGACCGAGGCGAACCGGAGCCCAUGGAGGUGGAGGAGGGCGAACUGGAGGUCGUGCCGGUUCGGCGCUCGCUGAAGGAACUGAUCCCGGACACAAGCAGAAGAUAUGAAAACAAGGCUGGCAGUUUCAUCACCGGAAUUGAUGUCACCUCCAAGGAAGCGAUUGAAAAGAAGGAACAGCGAGCCAAGCGCUUCCAUUUUCGAUCAGAAGUAAAUCUUGCCCAAAGAAAUGUAGCCUUGGACCGAGACAUGAUGAAGAAAGCAAUCCCCAAAGUGAGACUGGAGACAAUCUACAUUUGCGGAGUAGAUGAGAUGAGCACCCAGGAUGUCUUUUCCUAUUUUAAAGAAUAUCCUCCGGCUCACAUCGAGUGGUUGGAUGAUACCUCCUGUAAUGUGGUUUGGUUGGAUGAAAUGACGGCUGCGAGAGCCCUUAUCAAUAUGAGUUCUCUGCCAGCCCUGGAUAAGAUAAGAAGCAAGGAUGCCAAUGAGGACAAGUCAUCCGAGAAAAGUAAAAAAGACAAGCAGGAAGACAGUUCUGAUGACGAUGAGGCUGAAGAAGGAGAAGUUGAAGAUGAGAACUCAAGUGAUGUAGAGUUGGACACGUUGUCGCAGGUAGAAGAAGAGUCUCUGCUAAGAAACGACCUUCGUCCAGCUAACAAACUUGCUAAAGGAAAUAGGUUAUUCAUGAGAUUUGCUACAAAAGAUGACAAAAAGGAACUUGGAGCAGCAAGGAGAAGUCAGUAUUACAUGAAAUAUGGGAAUCCAAAUUACGGAGGCAUGAAAGGAAUUCUUAGUAACUCUUGGAAGCGGAGAUACCAUUCCCGUCGCAUUCAGCGGGAUGUUAUUAAGAAGAGAGCCCUGAUUGGGGACGACGUUGGCCUGACGUCCUAUAAACACCGACAUUCCGGACUGGUGCAUGUUCCUGAGGAGCCUAUUGAGGAGGAGGAGGAGGAGGAGGAGGAUCAGGACAUGGAUGCUGAGGACAGGGUGGUGGUGGAGUGCCACGAAGAGCCCGCGGCCCGCAGGCAGGCCCGGGAGCGGAGCGUGUCCAGGCGGUCCAGUGCCAGCAGCUCAGACUCUGACGAGAUGGACUAUGAUCUAGAGCUGAAGAUGAUUUCCACUCCUUCGCCAAAGAAGAGCAUGAAAAUGACCAUGUAUGCUGAUGAGGUGGAAUCUCAGUUGAAAAAUAUCAGGAACUCCAUGAGGGCAGAUACUUUAUCCACAAGCAAUAUAAAAAACCGAAUUGGUAACAAAUUACCAGCUGAGAAAUUUGCAGAUGUCAGACAUUUGUUAGAUGAAAAACGUCAGCACACACGUCCACGGCCAGCUGGCAGCAGCACUAAAACAGAUAUACGCCAGCGAUUAGGAAAAAGACCAUAUUCUCCAGAAAAGGCUUUCAGUAGUAAUCCAGUUGUUCGGAGAGAGCCCUUUUCUGAUGUACUAAAAUAA